AUGGCGCUCGGCGGGGUCGGUCGCGGCGGCGCGGCGCGAGCCGCCUGGCCGCGGCUGCUGGUGGCGGCGGCGGCGGCGGCGCUGGCGCUGGCGGGGCCGGCGCUGCCCGAGGUGCUGUUCCGCUGCCCGCCCUGCACGGCGGAGCGCCUGGCCGCCUGCCCCGCGGCCGCCCGCCCGCCCUGCCCCGAGCUGGUGCGGGAGCCGGGCUGCGGCUGCUGCCCGGUGUGCGCCCGCCUGGAGGCCGAGGCGUGCGGCGUCUACACGCCGCGCUGCGCCGCCGGCUUGCGCUGCUACCCCGACCCCGGCGCCGAGCUGCCCCUGCAAGCCCUGGUGCAGGGACAGGGCACCUGCGCCCGCCGUCGCGACACGGCCGAGUACGGCGCCAGCGCCGAGCGCCCCGCAGAUAAUGGCGAUGACCGGACCGAGAGCAUUCUUGCUGAGAACCAUGUGGAUGGCACUACAGGGAUCCUGAGUGGAGCUGGCGGGAGGAAGCCCAUGAAGACGGGCAUGAAGGAGCUGGCAGUUAUGAGGGAGAAGGUGAACGAGCAGCAGCGGCAGAUGGGCAAAGUUGGCAAGCCCCAUCAUAACCAUGAGGACUCGAAGAAGUCGCGGCUGUCGACGGGCAGGACCCCUUGUCAGCAGGAGCUGGAUCAGGUCCUGGAACGCAUCUCCACUAUGCGGUUGCCGGAUGAGCGAGGUCCCCUGGAGCACCUGUACUCCCUCCACAUCCCCAACUGUGACAAGCAUGGCUUAUACAAUCUCAAACAGUGCAAGAUGUCGGUGAACGGGCAGCGUGGCGAGUGCUGGUGUGUGGACCCCAUCCACGGGAAGGUGAUCCAGGGCGCACCUACCAUCCGCGGGGACCCUGAAUGCCAUCUCUUCUACACAGCCCACGAGCAGGAGGACCGGGGAGUACAUGCCCUGCGGAGCCAGUAGAUGGACGUGAUCCUGCUUGCUGGAGGCAGCUCGCUGUAGCCCCAGUGCUGGAUUUUAUAUGGGUUUCAGUGUGUCGCUUUAGGCUCUGGAAGAGACUGGGGUUGUGUCCUGCGUGCUGCCCUCCUUCCCCUGCU